GCGGAAAUAUUAUCAAACUAACAGAGACCAGGAGCGAGGAUCUAACUCCACUUUGCUCAGUUUAUUUUGUGCCGGUCCUCUUCAUACAACUUCUGAGAAAAAAAAUUAAUCACGAUUUUUGUUUUUAAAAAAAGAAAUAAGAUAGAAAGUAACAAACCUCAAGAAAGUAGUUUAGAAAUUUUCAAUUGUUUCCUUAAGGAGCAUAAAUUUUCUUUUGUUCUAAUAGUAAUGCUUUUCUCGAAUGGAAAUUUUUUUCAUGUUUUGAUGAUUGUUACUUUUAAAAUUUUCAUAAGUUUAAAAUUUUAUGUUAUGAAACUAUAAGAUAAAAGUUUUUUUUUUUGAAGAGUUGAAUAAAGGAAGAAGAAUAUGGAUCAUUUGUUUGAAUUAACGUUAAAAUUUGACAAUUGCAAAGACUCGAGAAAUUUUGGAAGAUAUCGAAGAUCAGCAACAUGGAGUAAUGCGAGUUACAUUCCAUGGAACGAAAGUUAUGAAGCCUACGAUUACGAUGAGGAACCAGCGGAAAUUUGUAAUUCCCUCUAUUUUGUUUUGGAUUUUGCCCAUCUUUAUUAUAUUCCCUUUAUUAUUCUAUUGGGACUCGUUGGUAAUUUACUGUCGUGUGCUGUAUUUUUGAAUACACAUUUAAAAAUGAGAAGUUCGAGUUAUUAUUUAGCGGCAUUGGCAACAACGGAUUUUAUGUACCUUGUAACAUUAUUAUUGGUGUGGUUAAACAGUACAGUUGGAUGGAGGGUGUUUAAUAAGGAGGGUUGGUGUGAAAGUGCUGUGUACAUUAGUUCAGUGUGCAGUUCAUUGAGUGUAUGGUUAAUUGUUGCUUUUACCGUUGAACGAUUUAUUGCCGUACAAUAUCCAUUGCACAGACCCCAUAUGUGUACAAUUGCAAGGGCCAAAGGGAUUGUAUUGGUUUUGGUAUUAUUGGCAUUGGCCAGUCAUUCUUAUACACUUGUAACGGCUGGUGUUGUUAAAAUGCAAGAUGGUUCGGAGGUUUGCGACAUGAAAAUUGAAUAUUUAAAGACAAUGAAGAUUGUCAGCAUUAUUGAUAGUAUUGCUAGUUUGAUAUUACCGUUGGUUAUGAUUGUCAUCAUGAAUACAAUGAUAACGAGGAAUUUAUUGAGAUUCAGUAGGAAAUUUAAACGCGAUCAUGCUGCAAGCUGCAACAAGUAUCCAACGUCUGAGAUCAAUUUAAAUAAUAUCCAGACUGCAAGUAGUGGUCAAAAUGAAGUGAACGGUAUUCCAUUAAAUACUGGUAUUAGUGGAAGAAGACAUCCCUCUCAACAAUCAUUCCACUCCUCAAAAAGUAGCCAUUCGCAACAUUCAAGGCAUCAACCUUCAAUAGUGGCAAUUCCCUCAACGCCAAGAAGUCCAUAUCAAGUUUCUGAUGUUCUUGCAAGAUGUGUUCAUGUGAAUUCUUCAUCACGAAAUCCAGUAUCGACAAGAAAUCAACAAAGCAUUACAAAAAUGCUUCUACUUAUAAGCACUGUAUUCAUUCUAUUAAAUUUGCCAAGUUACGUCAUCCGGUUCUGUGUUUACUUUUUCGCCUUGGCAAGGAGGGAUACUCCUACUUUACUGUGGUGUUUACAACAAUUCUUUAUGCUUUUGUACUAUACUAACUUUAGUAUAAAUUUUUUACUUUACGCAAUGUGUGGCAUUACAUUUCGACGUUGUCUUGAACAAUUGUUACGUAAAGUACUUAAAACUAUUACAAGAAAUCAUUGCAAUGUACAGCGUUACAGUUAAUUAUUAUAUUGUAAUUAUAUUAUAAAUAAUAAUUGAUUCAAAUAUAUAUGUAUAUAUAUAUAAUUUAUUGUUAAUUUAAAAAAUUAAAGAAUUUUAAUAAAAA